AUGGACCCUAAUCAAUAUAAUUUUCAACAAUCUAUGUUCCAUCUCAUACAAAAUCAGCAAAAUUCUAAUCCUCAAAAUUCUCAAUUUCCCCCACCACCAACAAACUCUACCGUAUUUUUUUCGCCACCAAACAACCCAAAUAUGUAUUUUAGACCACCUAUAAAUACUCAUGGGAUAAAUUUUUCUCAUCAUGAACCCGAAACACCAAAUGAGUUUAUGUCCGAACGUCAAGUUCCACAAUUUUCAACUCAAGUUGGUGUUGAAAAUAUUUCAAUUGAUAAAGAACAAAGGCAUCCAAUUGUGGGAGUUGAUCAAAAAGUCGAUAGCUUUUGGUUAAGAAUCACCGAUAAUUAUAACCAAUAUCGUGGGCAGUCACGAGAAAAGCUACAAGGCCAAUUAAAAUCUCGAUGGCAUCGAAUAAAUGGCCUUGUUCAAAAAUUUGUUGGGUGUUACAAACAAUCUGUUCAUGGAAAAAAAAGUGGGGCAUCGGAGAAAGAUAUCUUAGUCAAUGCACAUGCUUUUUUUGAACAAGAUGAAGGUGCACCAUUCAAUCUUGAGUAUGCAUGGAGGCUUUUAAAAGAUGAACCUAAAUGGAUGGGAGCAUGCACCGAAAAUUCUUCAAAGAGAAUAAAGAAUUCUACUAGUGGUGCAUACACGGCAUCGCCAAACUCAGAGACACCUUCAAGUUAUGAGUUUAACUCAUCAUCUCCAAUGGAGCGUCCAAUGGGACAAAAGGCGGCAAAACGAAAAGGUAAGGCAAAGGAAAAUACAAAUGCAACUGAACCUCCUUCCAGUGUUAUUUCUGAUACAAUGAAUAAAAGAAUGGAUUUAAUGGAAAAUCUAGCACGACUUAAGGAGGAAGAAAACAAAUUAGUCAAGGAAAAGAUGGAGUUUGAAGCAAUGCAAUUCAUAAUGUCAGACACUUCUAAGAUGAAUGAUACUCAGCGUGAAUUUCAUGAAAAACGUUGUAAUAACCUAAAAGAAAAAUAUGGAUGGUAA